GCCUCGCCUCAGCCUGCUGGGUACAGAUCUAGGCGGACCGCAGUGAGAACAACUAGGCGGGGCCGCAGAGAGUUCGCGCUUGCGCGUCGAGCCGCCCAUCCCAGCAGCCCCCUGUCUCCUGCGCAUGCGCGAUCGGGAUUGGGACGCCGUUGCCGUGGCUGCGGAGUGACGGACGGAGCCCCAGGCCUUAGGGGGUUCCCCGCCCCACAGCGAGCGGUCGCGGCCCUUCAGCCCCUGCUGUCCUCAGCCAACGCUUCGCGGGAGCCCCGCAGUGAGCGCGCGGCUAACCCGGGUUUGGCCGCGGCGGUGGGCGGAAAGUUCCCGACGCUGCGGGGCCCGGAUGCCCCUGCUGAGCUGGCCGGGCCGGCCCGCCCCGCCGGAGGAUGAAGAAGUUCUUCGGCUUCGGGAAGAAGAAGAAGGAGCAGUCGCCGCCUAGCCGCGACUCGCUGCCCGGGGUCGGCUACGAGCUGCGGGAGAAGGAGCUGGGCAAGCUGCACCGAGCGGCCGCCAGCGGGGACCUGGGCAGGCUCCAGCAGCUGCUGAAGAAACACGACAUCAACCAGCUGGAUAAAGAGAACAGGACACCUUUGCAUCUUGCCUGUGCUAAUGGACAUUCAGAUAUUGUUAAUUACUUAGUGGACAACAAGUGCAAACUAAAUCUGUGUGACAAUGAUAACAGAUCCCCAUUGAUGAAGGCAGUACAAUGCCAGGAGGAAAAAUGUGCAACUAUGCUGCUAGAACAUGGUGCAGACCCUAAUCUUGUGGAUGUUAACAGCAACACUGCCCUUCACCUGGCUGCCCAGACUGCUAAUAUAUCUCUAGUAGUACAAUUGCUUGAGUACAAUGCCCAUAUUGAUUCACAGAAUAAGGAGGGGUAUACACCGCUUACUAUUGCUAUAACUGAAAAUCACCAAGAGAUGGUUGAGUUUUUUCUUAGAAAAGGAGCCGAUGUACAUGCUAGAGACAAGUCUGAAAGAACACCCCUCAUGAUUGCUGCCUCUGGAGGAGAGCUUAGUUUAAUAAAAGUUCUCCUUCAGUAUGGUGCUGACGUUUCCCAUAAAGAUAUAAAUGGAUGGACAUCUGAGGACUAUGCUAUUAUUGGUGGAUACUCUGGUCUUAGUAAACAACUUUCUGAGUAUGCCAACUGGAAAAAUGUAGAAAAACCUUCUCCAAACAAUACAAAAGGCAUGUCGGUGUUUAGCAGUCCAGACAGGGUUGGAGAUGUUGGUUUUGCUUUGGGAGCACCUGCUACAGAUAAAGAAGAAAUGCAACAGUCUCCCAACCAGACAUCAAGAACAAGAGAUUCAGGGAAAGUUAUAGAUGACUUGUCCCAAGGAGAUUCACUACGAAGUUCUGAAAAAGAUGAAGGGGAUGACAGUUGGCUUACAUCAGAGGAGGAAGAACUAGAUUUUACCCCCAAGAAACCACAGAAGCCAAGUUUGACUCUGCUAAUGAACUCUUCCCAUCAAUUCAAGAAAAACAUAGGUGAGAAAAGUAGCAUUAUGAGAACAGAACAUAUAGCCAUUUCACAGCAAAAUAAAUCAGAUUGUGAAGCUGAAGAUGUCAUUGAAUCCCCUCCUAAGCCUUUUUCCCAAGUCAAGUCCUACCCUCGACCUCUCCAUCCCUCACCUGGCUCCUGUUCAAAACCUUCCCAGAUGACUCCUCCUCUCCUGGGGUUUAAACAGGAAGAAUCAUCAGAGGAGGAAGAUGACAUAGAGCAACCACAAAUUUCAAAUGUUGUAGAUAAAAGUUUGAUUUGUAAUGGCAACCGUGAAGCACAGAAUCCCUCAGAAGAUACUGCUAUUAGGAAAGAUACAAUGUCAGUAUUAGGAUUGGACGAAGAGGAGGAUACAGAAUCACCCUGGGAUUCAGAGUGUGCUUCUGAAAGUCCAAGAAAACUACCAGUCAACCUAUUAAUUUCAUCUGCUGUCAGAACUGACACACACAUGCAGAGUAUUUUUGAGGAACCAAAUGAAGGUUUUUGUGAAAAAACUCUUGAUUCACAGCCAAAGACCACUCAAGCAAUUUUAGAAACAAAUGACAGCUCUUCUUGUCCUGCAAAGGGAAUUGAGAUUGGCAAAAGGCAAAAAUCAGAUUUAAUGGAAGAACUUGGUUUAGAUGAUGCAGAUGAUAUUGAAGAUGUAUCAGACUGGGAUUCUACUAGCAUUUCACUUAAAAAUUUACCGGGUACUAAAAGCCCCAAGGUUUUGACAUUUGGGAAUCCUUCAUCUUUGCUACCAACAUUAACAGCAAAGGAUGAUGCAGCAGCCACAGCUUCUGGAGUUAUUCCUCCAAGAUUAGAAGAAAUGUCAAAAGCUCAAACUGUGACUGCACCAGAAAAUACCCAUUUAUAUUCUCUCCAAAAACAACUCCUGCCAGUAACACUAAAAAGCAAAGAUGAACUAUCCGAACCUUCCUUUAAUAUGCCAUCACCAGAUGAAGAACGAGAAGAUGCAGGUGAAAACUGCAAGAAGCAGGAUAAAUACAUAUUAGACACAACCAACUUGACAGAAAAAACAGCAUCUGAUGAUCAGACUGACAAAACAGAAAUUUCAUUUCCACAUCCAAAAAUGAAAACUGAGCCACUAAAACAAAAUGAGGACUCACAUGGUGAUGUGCAAUUAAAUCCAAAACUUUGGGAAGAAAGGUAUGAGAAAAUGUGGGUUGAAAAUGAGAAAAGGGAAGUUAAAACAAAUUUUAAAAGCAUUACAGCAGAGCUAAAGCAAAUGUUUGGUGAAAUUACCGGUAAUGAAUUUCAGAAAACUAUGCCCAUGGAGGGGACAUUACAAGAUGACUUCAGUGAAGAAUUGGAGAGCAUUCAUGAAGCACCACAUAAUUUGACAAAACCCACCAGUAGAAUAGAAGGAAGAAGUGAAUUUAUGGACCUAGAACAAAAGGAAUCCAGCAAUGAAAACGUAAUUUCCUAUGCUUUAAAUUCCAGUUCUCAUGAGCAUCCCAAUCAGUAUAGUAUCCGGCUACGUGAAAAUAACAAACCGUGUACUGAACAUAUAUGGAAUGUAAAUGAAGAGGAUUUUACUAACAAUGUGGAAAGUACAAAAGAAGCUGUAAAUAAAGAGAGGGAAGAUCAAAUAGCUGCUAUGGAAAUAGAAGAAAAUGUGGAUGGAAAUAUUUCAAAUUUAGAGAAUAGUCCUGGCUAUUCACUAAAACAUAGUUUGAAAGAAAGCAUUUUGGACAAAAGAGCUAAUAUUCCAGAUGUUGCAAGACCUGUUUCUACAGAUGAUAAAAACACACUUCUUGCUGUAGCGAAAACCAAACGUGGAAAAGACUCACACUAUUUUAAUGAUAAUAUUCCCAAACACUGCUUUGUUGGCAAUCCUAAAACUAGUAAUACUGAAAUUGAAAGUAAUUUGGGAAACUCUCGACAAUCUUGUGAUGAAACUUUGAAAAGAUCAUUGGAUGAAGAACUGGAACAGGAUAUGGAAAGGUUUAAGAAUGAGGUAGGAAUGCUGCAGAUAGUAUUCCUGGCUUUGGAGAAAGAGAAAGUACAACUACAAAAAGAGGUAGAAGAGGAAAAGAGAAAGCAAAAAUGUGGGGAAAUGUUGGCAAUGGAGAAAAGAGAAGAUAUUUAUAAGUCACAUAUGCAAACAUUGGCUGGAAAUGGUAUUAAUCAGCAAAUGAAACAGAAACUUACUAUAAAAGGGAACCAGUAUUCUACAGUAGAAAGUGGAGAAACCACAGAAGAAGAUAAACACAUGAAGAACAGUAUUUCUUCCAAGGAAAGAGCAAAGUUAAUUCAAAUACCUUUGAAGGGUAGUAAUUCUGCUUUGAAUGUGAAGGAUGUAAAGAAAAAUGAAAACAAAAAGCGGAUUUCAAAACAGAGAGGUAAUCAGCAGAUGAAUUCUACCAAUGGAAAUCAAUUCCAAGUACUGGAUGAUAGCACUUUGAGUGAAACAUCUCAGGAUGAAGGAAGACCUGGAGCCAAAACAGUAGAUGAAAGGAACAAGAUUGGCAAACAGAUGGAUGUUGCAGAUGAUUUUGAUGAAUUAACACAGUCUUCUGACACAGCUACAGAGGACUUAGAGUUGCCUGCUUCAACCUACAGAGAUGCUAUGUUGCUGAUAGAACAGCUUAGUAUGGAUGGCAAAGCAGAUUCUAUUAGUCUCUUGAAAAUUCAGAACUUACUUCAUGGAUAUGAACGAUUAAUAGACCGUGAAAAGGGCCGCUAUACACAGCUCUUGGGAAAAGUAAGAAAGCUGGAGAAUGAAAAGAAAGAGCUACAAACAGUAUUGGACGAGACCAGAGAAUUGAAAUCCAUGCUGGAUCACCAAAAAAUGGAAUGGGAAAGCGAUGUCAGCAGUCUCAAGUUUACUUUGAAACAAGAAGAAGAAAAGAGAAUGAGUACAGAAAUGCUGUAUGAAAAAAACAGAGAACUGCUUAGAAAGAAAGAAGAUCAGUACUAUAAAGAGAUGGAGGAGAAACAACAGCUUGAGCUAACCCAAAGGAGCCUAGAAAUGGAGUUGAGAACAUUGAGAAAUCACUUGAAACAGGUUGAAGAAGAACGUAAUGAAAUCAAGAGACAGCUCUCUCAAGAACAGAGUGCCAGAGCUCUACAAGAGGGUAUUUUGAACAACCAUCUUUGGAAACAGAAAGAAAUAGAAGAAGAGACUAAAAUAACAGUAGCUAAAAGUUCAGAAGUACCUGAUAAUCAGAGAGAAAAGGAUCUGUUACACAAAAAUCAGAUACUGCAAGAUGAAAUUGCUAUACUAAGACUAGAGCUUGAUCAAAUAAGAAUUCGGCACCAGGAGGAAGAAACCAAAUAUUUAGAAGAUAAUGAGGUCUUGAAAGAAAAAAAUGAAGAUCUUAGGAAGGAGCUAAAACUCAAUGAGGAGGCUUUGACACAAACAGUUUUUCAGUACAAUGGACAGCUGAAUGUAUUAAAGACAGAAUCUGCAAUGUUAACUUCCAAAAUAGAGCAUGCAAAAGAAAAUAAAGAUAGACUGGAGACAGAGAUGGAAUCAUUCCGUUCCCGUUUGAACUCUGCUGUUCAAGAACUUGAAUGCUGUCGGAAAUCAAAAAGUGAUGUUGAGCGAACACUACAAAGAGAGCGUGAUGAAUGGCUUCGUUUGCAAGACAAGCUCAAUCAUGACCUGUCCAAUCUGCGAGACACCAAUAAUAUCUUGUCUCAACAGCUUAGUAAAGUUGAAACUAAAGCCAACAGUCUAGAAAAUGAACUUCACCAUGUAACACAUACACUUAGAGAAAAAACUUUGCUUCUGGAAAGUACUCAAAGAGAUCUAAGUCAUGCACAAUGUCAGGCAAAGGAACUUGAUCAUGCUCGACAAAUUGAGAAGGAUCAAAUGAGCAAAUAUAUUGUAAAACAGGAAUCUAUGCAAGAACGAUUGGCACAGCUCCAAAGUGAAAACGUCUUACUCCGGCAGCAAUUGGAAGAUAUGCAAAACAAGGGAAUCAUCAAAGAAAAAGUAGUGAGUGAUGUCCAAGACAGAUUUAGUGAUAUAUUCAGUAAACUUAGAGCUGAUACUGAAAAGCAAGUUCAUAUGAUGGAAGAGAGAAAUAAAGAAUUAAUCACAAAAUGUACUAAUUUAAGGGAGCAAGUCUUUAAAUACGAAACAGAGAAAGUAGAAAGAGAGGGUACAGUAAGACAACUGCAGCAAGAACUUGCUGAUGCUCUUAAAAAGCAAUCAAUGUCAGAAGCUUCACUUGAAGUUACAACACGUUAUCGCAACGACCUGGAAGACGACAAACUACAUUUGCAAAAGGAAAUAGACAAGAUUAAAACCAAGCUGCAAGAAUCAGAAGAUCAAUAUAUUCAGUCUGAACGACGUAUUCAUGAUUUGAAGAAUGCACUGGAUAGUAAAGAACGAGAAGUGAAUGCUUCUUCCCAGAAAUUGCAAGACCUUCUAAUAGCAUCAUCUGGAACAAAUAAUGCUAUAAAACAACUGGAAGAACAUAUACAAAGACUUGAAAUUGAAAAUGCCAGAUUGGAAGCUACAACCAAACAACAAACAAGCAGAAUUGAGAUACUUCAGAAAGACCUGCAGGAUUCUGCUUCUGUUCAUAAUCGCCUUGAAGACUUGAUAACAGGCUUACAGACAGCAAAAAUCAAUUUAGAAGAACAGCUAAAUCAGCAGGUCCAAAAACAAACCAUGCUUUCAAUGACCGCAAAAGAUACACAUAAUCUUUGGGAGGAGGAAUUGAAGUCCAGAUCCAAACUUGGAGUUCGUCUAUCUCAACUUGACAGGGAAAAGGCUGAGAUGUUGGAACAAUUCGAGAGUGAAAGGAAAAAAGUGAAGAAGCUAGUAGAGUUAAAACGAUCAGUGGACGUCCGACUGGAUCAAGAAAUGAAGAGAAACAGUGAAUUGCAAAAAGAAUGUAAUGGAAUGAAGAAACUUCUAAAAACAGCUAAGAAGAAACUAAAGGAAUAUGAGAAUGGAGAGGGUGUGUCCCAGUUUAGUUUCCAGGGAGAACUGAAGAACAGAUAUUCUGAAAUGGACAAUGAAGUUAGUAGAUUAAGGACAAAGACAGAUGACCUUUCCAAAAAGCUGGAUAUAGAGUCAAAAAAAUCUAUGCAGUUAGAGUCUACAAAUCGUGAUCUGCGAGAACAGUUGUCUUCUAUGAAGAUACUGCAUAAGAAUCAUGAAAAGCUGGAGAAGAGCAAAUGGCAGCUGGAAGGAGAAGUAGCUCAUCUCAAACAUCAAGUAGAGACUAAUAUGAUGGACCACAGUCAAAUAGAACAGUAUAAAAGAGAGAUUGAAGAACGAGCUAGACAAGAAAUAAGACAAAAACUAGAAGAAGUCAAUCUAUUUUUGCAGACGCAGGCAGCUUCCCAAGAGACAUUAGAACAAAUAAGAAUUACUAAUAAUGCUUCACUGAGAAACCAACUGGAGCACAGAAUUAGAGAUCUAGAAUCUGAACUGGCUAGAAUAAAAAACACACAAGAAGACAGUGUCUUUCAAAAACAGUCUACGCAGACAGAACUGGAAAGAUACAAAGAUCUUUAUUUGGAAGAAUUAAAAAUUAGAAAAUCACUAGCAAGUAAACUGGAUAGAGCUAAUGAAAAGAUGGCAGAGGCCAAUGCUAAACUCCUUCAGGAGCGCCACAGGAGCAAAUCUUUAAUUGCUAACAGCAUUGUAAAUGGAAGUCUUUCUGCAAGUCCAGUCCUGGAUACAACUCAGCUUGGCAAUCUUGGCAAUAAUUUAACACUAAAUAGAAGUCUUGGUCUUGGAGGAAGUUUCAUAAACCCAACUGGAAAUGCAUUAUCUUCAAAAAAUAGAGUGGAAGCUUAUCUGGCUAAGCUCCUUGAUCAAAAGUCUGUUUCUUCCUUCUCUUCUCUGCAACCAGAUACAUGGCAAGAUGCAGCAGGAACUAGAAAAAAGUAUCACUAAAGAACUUGACCAAGCCACAGCUGAACUUGAAACUGGAUCUGUAAGAGUCUCUCCUGUAGGAUCUACUGAUGGAUCUUCAAAAAAUCUAAAUGUGGAUCAGGAUCCAGUUUCCAGGGCAACACGGCAGUAUCAAGAUGUUUUAAAGAAA